UUUUUAUAUUAUUGCAUCAAUAGGCAGAAAGAAGCUGUUUUCAAGUCUGACAAUAUCUCGACUAUAUCAGUAUUGAAAGAAGUCCUUUCCAAAGAAGCAACUAAGAAGAAUAUAACAAUUAAAAUAACACACAGUAUAACUGAUGACAGUGCUGCUCACAUGAUAAAGCUCAUUCAUCCGAGGCUAGAGGAACAGCUCAUGUUAGCUAAAAACGUUCAACUAAUUGAGGCACUUCAAGAGCUUAAGAUCCAUGAGAAAGAUGUAAGCUUUCUCUCACCACAGUGCCAGUACAUACUAGAGAAUGCUUCAUUAAUGCAGGAAGAAAUAAAGAGACAACCAGCAAUGAUUGAUAGAUAUUAUGCACUUAUUACUGAUCUAUUUAUGGAUAGAGCUGCUUUUAAAGGUGUUAAUGUUCAGCAGAAAGUUCCACAGUUGUUAUCACUAUUGGAUGAAUGUAAUAUUGACAAUAUACUGCAGUUUUUUGAGGAAAAUAAAUGAAAAAUUAAAGAAUCCAUAAGAAUUCUAACUACAUUUGUAAAUGAACCCCUUUUUAUUAAGGACUUAAGUUAAAUGUUACAUUACCUAAAAUGUAUGGAGGAAUGUGUUUACCACUAAAGGAA